UUAUUUCUUUCUUUCCUUUCUUCUCCGUUCUCUCUCUUUUCUCUCGCUCCUUUCCGUGACUUUGCUAGCAACGACAACAAGCUGUUGCCGUCCGAACGCCGGCGAAUUAGACCUCAUUGUUACUGCCAGUCAUCUCCCGUUCAUCUCAGGAACAAGAAACAGCUGUUGCAUGCCUCGAAUCGUUACUGUUUCGACGAAGGCGUGGGUGGGACGCGUAAUUCUACAACCUCUUCAAGGUGUACACGCAGCUAGGAAAAUUUCAGCAAGAAAAAUCCCCAGAAACUCCUCCUCCUGUUCUGUCAUUGAUAUCUCAGCUCUGUCUCUCUCAAUCUUGAGUGUGAGAAAAUGGCUUCAAAAUUGGAAUUUCCAAUAUUUGGGCAAAGGACAACAGGAAGAGAACACCAAUAGUGGUGACGAUGGAGAAUCCCUUCUUUGCAGUGGAAAUCGACGAUCUAUGUGCAACAUUCAGCGCAGUUUAUAAAAGCAGGGGUCAAAAUGAAGAAUCAAUGAAAUGGGGAUUUGUUUAAUUUUAUCAAGUUUUGUACUGAGGUAAAACUCCCCCCAUUUAACAUAGUUUUAAAUGCUUUUUAGUAUGUGUGUAAAUAAGAUUGUGAGCAUGGUUGUAUAUAUAUAUGUAGUAGUAGUAGUAGAAUUAGAAACAUUGUUAUAAUUAUGGGUAACUAGAGUUGUAAACCUGCGGAAUCGCGCAGACUUUGCUUGUAAAACCUAAUAGGGACAAAUUGGUAUCAGAAAUAUACAUAUCCUCGGAUUCUUCGUUAUAAAAAGAAAAUCGAAGAUGUAUGAUGAGAA